AUGAAUCUUUUUAGUUUUUUAGGCGAUAUGCUACAUUUAGGUAGUAUGCUUAUUUUACUUUUCAAAAUAAAGAAUGAUAAAUCAUGUGCAGGAGUUUCACUUAAAUCACAAAUAUUAUUUACAAUUGUAUUCACAGCAAGAUAUCUCGAUCUUUUCACCAACUAUGUUUCACUUUAUAUUACAUUUAUGAAGAUAACAUAUAUAGCAGUUUCAUAUUACACAUUACAUUUAAUAGCAAGAAAGUAUAAAUUCACCUAUGAUAAAGAUCAUGAUACUUUUAAAAUUGUUUAUUUAAUUGCAUCAUGUGCAAUUCUUUCAUUAAUUACAUAUGAUAAAACGACAAUUGGUAUUUAUAGUACAUUUUUAGAGAUUCUUUGGACAUUUUCAAUUUAUUUAGAAUCAAUAGCAAUUUUACCACAAUUAAUACUUUUACAAAGAACAGGUGAAGUUGAAGCAUUAACAUCCAACUACAUUGUUUUAUUAGGUGGUUAUAGAGCAUUUUAUUUGUUUAAUUGGAUUUAUAGAAUCACUUUCUAUAAUUGGAGUGGUAAAAUUGAAAUGCUUAGUGGUUUACUUCAAACUAUUCUAUAUGCCGACUUUUUCUAUUAUUAUGCAAAGAGCAGAAUGUAUGGUAAAAAAUUAGUCUUACCACAAUAA